AUGAAUUCUACGAGGUUGUCUAUACGUUUUGUAAGCAUCGACGAGUUGGCGAACCAUUUCUCGAGAAUAUCACCUGGAGGUGGUAGCCACUUGCCGAUAUUUGCUCUUAAUAUUGAAACGUUCAAAGAUAGAAAUGGAACUACACAAUUUUAUCGUAUAACAAUGCAGUCAUGUGUAAUCCGAGUAGAGUUACCAAGGGAAACGCCUAACGACUGGCAUCCGUGCAAUGUAAACUACGUAAUUCACAAACUAAAAAUAUUAAGCAAAGAACUAUAAACAUUUGUAAUGUGCAACCAACGUCAUUUAUGACAGAAGAAGAAUUCUUUAAAACUUGGUACAUAUGGAAAAAUGAUUUCCUAUUAUUUAAAAGAGCAUCAAUUAAAAGGAAUUCUGACAAACAAUGGGGAAACAUAUUAUUAAAUUUAAUGGGCCCAAUUGGACAAAAUAUUUAUAGUGCAUUUACAUUUGAUUCGCCAAACAAUAAGGAAAAUGUAGAUAUAUUGAUUCAAAAGUUUGAUGAAUAUUACAUAUUUUCAGGAAAAAAGAAAUUACCUUUAGAGAAUGUUUAUGAAUACAUUAACGAAUUGGAGUUGAUGAUGAAAGAAAAAAACAUUACAAAUGGAGAAGAAUUAAUAAGAAAGAAAAUUUUAACAGAAAUUAAUAAGCAUCAAUUUACAAAUGCUGCUAAUAAUUUAAUUCCAACAUUUAUAUUUUCUUCUGAUUUCAACAAAUUAACACUAAAAGAAAUUGCAUGUAUUUGGCAAUUAUAUACUGAUCCUGAUAGCUGUACAAGAUGUGAUGGGAUUCAUUCUCCUGAGAAAUGCCCAGCAUUGGGAAAACAAUGUUCAAAAUGUAACGAAUGGAAUCAUUUCUCAAGAAGAUGCCCAAAAAAUUAUAUUAACAAUUGCUAUUAUUGCGGAGGUAAUCACUUUUAUAAAAAGUGUCCAGCUUUUAAUGAAAUUUGCACAAAAUGUCAGAAAAAAAAUCAUUUUAAAUGGAAAUGUCAAAGCAGUCAAAUACAAUGUCGCUUUUGUGGUUUGAGUCAUCCUGCAAAUAGAUCACUUUGCUCAGCAAAAUAUAAUAUUUGUUCAAACUGUAAAAUUAUGGGACACGUUCCUUCAAGAUGCAAUAAAAGAUUUCAUACAAAUAGACUUUAA